GGCUGCAUUAACUCUUACUACAACAAGCACCUAGACAACUCGCACAAAACCCAGUGAUGGAGGUCAGCUCCACAGAAGCCAGCAGCAGCUCCCAGGGAGGCACCGGCUGGCUGGAUCUUACCCUUGUCACCUGUACUGAAACGGUGACUUUCACUGAAGUGGUGAGAGAAGAGGAGUGGGGAUCCUUUUACUAUUCCUUUAAGACAGAGCAGCUGGUGACUCUUUGGAUUCUCUUUAUUGUCACAAUUGCUGGAAAUGCCACCGUGCUCUUCUCUACCUGGAGGAGGAAGCGGAAAUCGCGAAUGACCUACUUUGUUACCCAGCUGGCAAUCACAGAUUCAUUCACGGGACUCAUAAACAUAAUGACUGACAUAAUUUGGCGCUACACUGGAGAUUUUAUGGCUCCUGAUAUCGUUUGCAGAAUCGUUCGCUACUUCCAGGUGGUCCUUCUCUAUGCCUCGACUUACGUCCUUGUGUCACUAAGCAUAGACCGGUAUCAUGCCAUAGUUUACCCAAUGAAGUUCUUGCAAGGAGAAAGACAGGCGAAAGUGCUUAUUGGAGUGGCCUGGAGCCUCUCUUUCCUGUUUUCCAUACCAACUCUGAUUAUUUUUGGGAAACGGCAGCUCUCCAACGGAGAAGUGCAGUGCUGGGCUCUCUGGCCUGAUGACUCCUACUGGAUACCCUACAUGACAGUGGUGGCUUUCCUGGUGUAUUUCAUUCCUCUGAUCAUUAUCAGCGUCAUAUAUUCAAUCGUGAUUCGAACCAUCUGGAUGAAGAGCAAAGCUCAGGCUGUCAUCCUAUCCAGCUGUCCUGGUGGCACAACCUCUGCUGGCUGCACCAGUCGUGGGUUCAUAUCAAGGGCAAAAGUGAAAGCUAUCAAGUACAGCAUUGUAAUUAUCCUUGCAUUUGUUCUCUGUUGGAGCCCUUACUUUCUUUUUGAUAUCCUGGACAACUUCAACAUACUCCCUGAGACUAAAGAGCGCUUCUUCGCAUCCGUGAUCAUUCAGAACCUGCCAGCCUUGAACAGUGCCAUCAACCCCCUCAUCUACUGCUUCUUCAGCAACCGCCUCUGCCCCCCUUUCGAGGAAAGAAGAACUCAAAGGCUGGGAGGGACUUUCCGGGAAAGGAGUGAUGGAGGGCAGAAGUUGCAGGUCCUGUCCAAACCGGAAUACAUCUAGCACAGACGAUGCUCCGCAAAGCCACGCUGGAACCUGUACCGAAGACAACAGAGGUCCCCACAAGCCCUGUCAUCGUGAAGCAGAUGGACACUGACUGGCAAGAGCCUGCAACUUGCUGCUCUUGUGCAUCUUACAGCACAUAUAUUUUGGAUCGGCACUGCAGCUUCAGCAAUCUCACACUGCCAGUGCCAAACUCAG